AUGGCACAGCAGCAGCAAGCAGGUUCCAUCUCUUCCUUCAAGGUCGAUGUCCAUACUCACCCGAUUCCGGACUUCUACCGCGAAGCCCUGUUCGCCGCCGGCUACCCCGGCGACAAUGUCUCGGCGCUCUACGUCGACGGGUUUCUGACCCCCUACCCCUUCUCCAUCGACAGCUAUCUCGCCGCCCGUCGCGAGCACGGCUACAACUUUAGCAUCCUGUCCAUCACGGCUCCCGGCGUGUCCUUCCUGAAGGGCAAUGCCCUCGCGGCACCGCUCGCCCGCCGCAUCAACGACUACUUUGCCGAGAACAUCCGGGCGCACCCUCGCGAGCUCGGCGCGUUCGGGAUCCUCCCGCUGCCCGACAUUCAGGCCUCGCUCGCCGAGAUAGCCUACUGUCUCGACACGCUCAAGCUGGAAGGCAUCGGUAUGUACACCAACUACGCGGGCGUCUACCUGGGCGACCCGGACCUGGACCCCAUCUUCGCCGAGCUCAACCGGCGCAAGGCCACCGUCUUUGUCCACCCGACCGCCCCUGCCGUGUCGCCUCCUUUGUACAACAUGUCCCUCCCCGUUAUCGAGUACCCGUUCGACACGACGCGGGCAAUUGGCAACUUCCUCUUCCGCAACGCCAGAACAAAAUUCCCGGACGUAAAUAUCAUCUGGUCGCACGCGGGCGGCGCGAUGGGAAGCCUGGGCGACAGAUUGGCCGUCCAGACGACGUUACCGAUCCAUGGCGGGCGGAAUCUGAAUGAGAGCUUGGCCGCGUUGAAGAGCUUCUACUACGACACGGCCGUGCAGAUGAGUGAUGCGCAGUUUGCGGGGAUCAAGGAAUUCGUCGGUGCAGAUCAGAUCUUGACGGGAAGUGAUUAUCCAUAUCUUCCUGGAAGCCUUGUGCCCGCUGUGCAGAACGCGUUCAAUUCCUACGAGGGCUUUGAUGACGCAGAUCGUGAGAAGAUCGGUUGGGGAAACGCUUUUAAGCUGUUUCCCGGUUUGAGAGAGAAAUUUCCAGAUAUGCAGUGA